GAGUCUUCGCUGAUAAACUGUACUAUAUUUUGACCAUACAUUUCAAGUGGAUGAGUGGUAGGAUGGCUAUAAGUACUGUCAUCUUUGAGAAAGGAGAGGCGUUUGACGAUGAGCUGGAGUAGUUUGUGAGCAUUUUGCAGGUCUGAAGUACCGAAGCGGUGUCACAGCCAAGCGUGUCGCAUCAGAUGCGCUGCCCGCCAUUUGAUCCUAAAAUCGGGUGAUCGACCCUGAGGUAAUCGAUUGGGUAACGAUGGCAACCGGGUCACAGCCACUUUUGACCUCCCAUUGGCAUCUCCCUUCACAAUCUACGCACGCAGCCCAUCGCAAUCGCCCGAGAAGAUCUUCUGCAAUGACCACAACUACAAAAGCAAAAACGCCACUUCGGCUAGACGAGAACGCUCUCCUGCACCCGGUCCUCGUCCAAUCCCCGGUCUCUCCUACACCUACUGCCACGUCGAAUCCGAUUGGGAGCGACUUCCGAGCGACGGGGACAACUCCGAUAUUACAGCAGGGCUCCUCCGCAACUGGCCUGCCCUCCGCUGGCGGUUCCACUCCAACGCCACUCUCCGCCAAACGGGUGUCAUUCCCACCGCCUCCGUCCUCUGCACCUCGCACCCCAACAACCCCCACUGGUUUCGGCGAGCUGCUCAGCAGCACGCGGCCCGCGCCCUCAUCACCCGGCCUGUCCCGGCGCACCUCCCUCGCCCGAUCGUCGUCCUCCGCCUCUGUGCGGAGCGGGUCCGCCAGCGCGAGCCACAGCCGCCGAACCUCGAAAGUGCUGGCGGGUGUUAGGCAUCGCCUGAGCCAGAGCAUCAGUGCUGCGGACGUCACGGGCGUGGCGACUGCCAGCAUGCCUGCGGACGGCGCCGGCGCGGCGGACGAUCUGGUGGUGACUGUCGCCUCCUCACCCGAGGGGAUGCCGGGCUCCGCGCAGGCCAUCGCGGCCCGCCGCGCACCCAUCGUCAUCCGCGACUUUGCGUUCGACGGGAAGGAUCCGCGGCACGCGGGCCAGGGCCCGGACGUGCCCCGCCUGAACGACCCGCGUGUGCUGCGCCGGCGGCUGCUGGGCGAGAGCCGGCAGUCGGAUUACGGCCCGGGCGAGGACGACGUGGACAUCGACGAGGACGAAGACGGGGUCGACAACGGCUGGGGUGGCCUCGGUCGGUUCGGCCUGUGGGGCACUGUCGGGUCGUCGUCAGGAUCGGGGUCGCUGCCCUCGCCCCGGCCGGACGUGUCGUCUGCUGACCUGGCGCGCAACUUUGCUGCCGACGACGAAAACGAUGACGAACCGUAUGACGACUACGCUGAUGUUCCUGUCCCCCCUGGGCUGUAUCAGGCACAGUUCGCUUUCGAGCCGGAGGACACGUCGGAGAUGUCACUGGUUGAAGGGCAAAUUGUGCGAGUCGUCGAGAGCAGCGGUGCUGGUGCCGGAUGGGCAGUGGCAAUAGCUCGCACGCCACCGCUGCUGAUCCCGGACAUGGAUCUGCUGGCAUUGAACCGACUUGUAGGCGCCAGAGAGGACGCCGGUGCCAUGUGGGGCGAACUUUGGGAACAAUAUGUCGGACAGCCGAACAAAACGGAGCCGGGGCCGGACCGCAGAGCGCUCGCACCUGAGAGUUUUCUGGUGUGCAUCCGGAGAGAUGGCGAGCUGGAGGACGGCGGGGCAGAACGGCUGGCGGCGUAUCUGGAGUGGGUGGAGCAAGAGCGUGCGAGGCAGGAAGCAGAGGAUGCGGGUCAUCAGGACGAGCUCAACGCUGAGCAUGCUUAGCGUCAUUGCCUCUGUCUGUCUGCAGGGUUAUUCGGCUUGGGCUGGACAGGCCGCUCUGCGCGACACGACGCGCGGCAUGCUGUGUGCUAUUCGGAUUCCCUCGCAAAGGACGGAAUGAUGGCUGUCCCUGUCCUGUCUGUCUGUCUGCUUUCGAGCAUCUGUUUCAAACUCAUAGACCCUGCUGCCGAAACGACGACGGACAUGUCUCUUCAUAGACUUUCGUGGUAAUAUGCACUUGGGCUUUUGCCAUCUCACCGCAGCUGUAUUAUAUCAUCACAUAACAGCACUGUUGUACAAUUCAAUUAUCCGUCUCGACAUCUGAACGAGGGUUUUUCGCCAAGUAGCAACCCGUAGCUCGCGAAGUCUCACGCAUGGGCGAGCGCCUCCAACGCAGAAGCAUCCGCACAGGAUUCGAAAAUGGCGUCACUGGGACCCCAAUGGAGCUUUGAUAAAAGCUGAUCUGGCCAUUAGCAUGAGGAGGCAUUACAUACCAGAGUUCGCAAUCACCGCCAGUCGCUGGGCCCCGGUGUCCCCACGAGAACCCAGGGCUGCAUACAGCGCAUGUGGUGCCAGCCUCCGGUUCGGGAGCCACGCAGUACCCGUCGAGGUCGUCCGCCGGAGGAGAAGCGUGCCCAGCAAUCGUUGAGCAAAAUGGACAGAUUGGAUGGGGAGCUGAUCAUGAAACGGUGCCUGCGGGCCUCAUUCUGACUUUUGCAUUUAGGUCGUCCGGCGGCGAACAGGGUGCUCGCGACACGAAGAUCGAGUCUAACAGCGGGGUGGCUCGAUGGCUGGAUGGCUGCUGUAAAGACAUGGGAGUUGGAGGUGGGUGGGGCCAGCGCUUCAUCUUGGAUGCGGGUGGGUCAGCUGUGCGCGUCGGGCCGUGCUGUUAGUAAAACAGCCCUGUCCUCUUCGGGACUGGGGGCCGGGGAUACUCAGGAAAGCGCAGAUGCCGGAGACUUUCGCCAGGAUCUCGCCCGCAGGGCUAGUGCUAUGUCAGCCAGAGAAGAUUCCAAGCCAGCUGACCAGCGCCGAGGAUGGAUAGCUGUCGUCGAUCUGCUUCAAUGGUCUGCUCUUGCUGAGCGUGCAAGUGCCCAAAAGUUGGAUUCGCACAAGAUCACCGUCCAGCACGGUCAAGAGAUGGGGAGUCACACAUCAACGUGACGAUUGUCGGCCUGUAGUUCCGCGCAAACUGGCCUGAAUCCGGCGAUGUUUCGACCGGAAAUACCUGUCCCCCUAGCGUAUCCUGCCUAGACAGGACCUGGCAGGACCACGCAGCAGAUCGGGAUUGCUCGACAUUGAUGCAACUGCCGCACCGCUGAUCGCUGUACUUACUACCGCACUAUCUGAUAGUCUAGCGACGUCAGCCUUUGGGAGGGGGGGGAGACGUCGCAGAUAAGUGUCUGACGACCAUGCGACUAUUCUUGGCACGCGCGACUUAUCCAUGGAGAUCUCACGAUGGCCGACCCAGGGCCUUCCUUGAGCAGAAGCCCCGGAAGUCCCGGGCGGGAGGCGUUUCGCCGGAGCGCAACAGGAUCUGCGGGCGCCAAAGUCGGCCUGGGAACUGGGGUGGAGGAGAAGACGCACACACAGACAGAUACAGGCUCAGAUCUGGUUCUAGACGGGAGUGAUCGGCCAUGACAAAGGGUGGGUGGGAGCUCGGGUUGGAGCUUGUGACAGACCAGGCACGCGCGACAUAUAUACGUUACGUACGCAGAGAUAAGUCCGUCGACAGGAGCGACAUGCAGACAGCCGCCUCCGCGUCGCAGCGCAGCCAUGCAUGAAGCUUGCGGCCCUUAUCCUGCGCAGCCUGGGAUUUUGAAAUCGAAUGGGGGGCGCCAGGAGAACUCUGAACGCCGGCGUGAUUGUGUCGAGCGUGUGUGUGUAUGCUUCUGUUCGGCCAUCCGCGAACUCUCUGCUCUGCACCCAUAAGUGAGGCCAUAUCCGCCGUAAGCAUCUCACGCAUGACGACGUGUCAGACACUUGGACUGGAGCGAACGUCGAAACGACGAGCCAGAGUCCUGUGCACAUGCUUAUCUUCCCCACACGCGCGCCGCUGCCGGUUUGGUCACGGUCCCGUUUUGGGGGAGAGACCCACUUAUCGGCCAUAUGGAAUACGGGAGAUUUGAUCUGCCGGCGCCCAGGCUAGCCAGUCCUGUAACGACAUUUCAAUAAAAAGUGUCUCGCGUCCGCAUAGUUUUUCCCCUCUCCGAGUGCCCGUCCCCCUCCGUCCCCUCCCUCCCUUCCUCCCGCACACGACCCUGACUUUGGCCCGCCCAUGUCGUCGUCCAUCAAGGAUUCCGGCUCUACCUCAGAUCCCGAGAAGGGCUCGUCGCACGGGGACGUCGUCGUCCAUGACCCAACGAAGGAGGAGCUGAACGUCUUCGACGGGGCGGAGGCUGAGCCCGUCGACCCGACAAGCUUUUGGGGCCGCUCGCUGGCCCUCAGCGCCGCGCUCGAGCGCAAGGUGCGCCACCGCCCGCCUCAACGCGCCGUUUUUUUCUUCUUCUGACCCGAUCGAUCUGUUCGCUGCAUUAGAUCGGCAUCGAGGCCCGAGGCAUCCAGCGCGUGCCGGAGGAUCAGCGCCCCGACCACCCGAGCGGCAACUUUUUCGUGUGGAUGGCAGCGAACUGUGUGCUGCCGACAUUCGGGAUCGGGCUCCUCGGCCCCAGUCUCUUCUUCCUCGGGCUCGGGGACAGCAUGCUCACGAUCUUCUUCACGAACGUCCUGACAUGUUUCCUGCCUGCUUACAUGUGCGCUCUGUCUCUUGCCCCCGUUUCCCGGUGCUUUCGGAGGGCUGAUGUGAUGCGUAUCGUGUGAUACAGGGCGACAUUCGGUCCCAAAACCGGGCUGCGACAAAUGACGUCAGCGCGCUUCUCGUGGGGAUGGCACGGCUCCAAGGUCGUUGCCCUGUUGAAUUGCAUCGCCUGUGUUGGAUGGAGGUGUGUUGCUGCGGGAUUGUCGCGUCGGGCCCGCAACGUUGGCUGAUCCCCCCCUCCCAGUGCCGUCAACAGCAUUGCCGGUGCCCAGACCCUCCGGUCCGUCGCGGACGACAAGAUCUCGCAUGCGGCGGGUGUGGUGAUCAUCGCCAUUGGGACCCUGAUUAUUGGUCUUCUCGGAUACAAGCAUGUGCACAUCUACGAGAAGUGGUCCUGGAUCCCGACCGCCAUCACCUUCUUUAUCGUGCUCGGGUGUGCCGCGAAGCAUCUGGUCAACGUGCCAAUGGGGACUGGCCAGGGCGAGGCGUCGAACGUGCUGUCGUUCAUGGGUGUCAUCUUCGGCUUCGCUGCCGGGUGGGUCUCGCUCGCCAGCGACUACAACGUCUAUCAGCCGGCAGAGACGCCGGCGUGGAAGACCUUUGCUUGGACCUACUCCGGCCUGAUCUUCCCCUUGGUCCUCGUGCAGUGGCUCGGCGCAGCGAUCAUGUGUGUCGCCGGGGGCGCCGCGCCGUCGAAUGACGCCUGGACCGCGGGCUACGCCGCGGACGAGGUCGGUGGGCUGCUGCACGCCGUGCUGGUCCCCGUCGUCGGCAAAUUCGGCAAGUUCUGCAUGGUGCUGCUCGUGCUCAGCGUGAUCGCCAACAACAUCAUCAAUGUGUACUCGAUGGGUCUUUCAAUCGCCGUUGUGGGUGUCUGGCUCGCAAAGAUCCCGCGUCUCGUCUGGCCUGUCAUCAUCACCGCCAUCUACAUUCCGAUCGCCAUCGCCGGCGCGACGUCCUUCGCGUCGUCGCUGCAGAAUUUCAUGGACGUGCUCGGCUACUGGCUCGCCAUCUUCGUCACCGUCGUUCUCCUCGAGCACUUCGUCUUCCGCAAGAGCGACUACGCGAACUACCACGUCGCUGACACCUGGAACCGCCAGGACAAGACGCCCAUCGGCCUCGCCGCGUGCGCCGCGUUCCUCUUUGGCGCCCUGGGCACUGCCAUGGGCAUGGCACAAGUCUGGGUGCGUGUUGCGGCGUCUGCUCUCCUCUGGGAACGCCCCGCUGACGAUGCUUUCUUCUCCCUGCUAGUACGUCGGCAAGAUUGGCGCCCUCGUCGGUGGGUCUGCCAAUCCGUUCGGUGGAGAUAUCGGGUUCGAGUUGGCUGCUGCAUUUGCGGGCAUCGUAUU